UCUGAAGCAGACGGAUAGAACGUGUUGUACGAUCCAAACUCAUUAGGACAAACUUAACUGAGCCAGAACUUUUCAUGAACUUAACUCACGAAGUCUGAUUCGUCUUAUGAAAAGUUCGACGUUUGGCCUUGGCCGUACUUAUUGUAUUACAGCUGUUUCGGAUAACACGCAACCUGCGAUGUAAAAACCGUCAAAAUCUGAAGGCUCGGCGCUGCCAUUAAUCAUCUUUAGACGUAUGUUAUUGAGCUCCGUUGAUAGUCACUAAAAAUCAAAUGAGACAUGGAAAAUAGAUCGGAAGAAGAUCACAAGUUAUCUCAAAGAACGUACGACCCGAAAGACAUCAAGAAGGCUUAAGAAAAACCAAUUUGUGCGAAGUAGAUCAAGAAACCGAAGAAGGACAAGUUGAACUACUCGAUGGACUUGAGGAACCUAGCGAAUUGUCGAUGACAGUGGGAUAAGGUGACACUGGUUUGGUAUUUCUCAGCGGUAAAGAUAUCUUUUCCCUGAAAACCGAAGAACUAAAGGCUGAGCUAGACAAACGGGGUACUUUGGUGGAACGUUUGCGCGCCGCCAUGAUAUCUGAACAUAACUCCCAAACGUUUGAAAAUUACCAAAAACACUCACAAGUUAAGGGGACACCUAUCAAGACGAACUCGCAUAUCCAAGAUCAAGAAAUAUACUCAUUUAUAGAAACCAGAGUGAGAGAGGUAUGCCCUCAUGAAAUCGAAAAGCUGCAAGUUCAUCGUAUGCAACAGGGGCACCCAACGAUUGAUUUCUGUAAAAUAUCUGUUCGGAGAGGCAAAUAUUGCCUAGAUUUUUCUAUUACUUGAGGACGGCUAAAAAUUUCUAGGUGACCGUUCCAUACAUGUACAAUUUUCGAAGCAUAUCUAAUAAAUUCCCUACGAUUUUCUGAAGUUUAAUUCUUCACAUUUCACUCCCCAGGUUAAGCUAGAUAUCGUAGAAAAAAGGAAACCUAACCAUGCUAACAUUUUCGAAUUCGAAACGCGAUGGAGAGAGGAAUUGAAGAAAAAUUGUAAUGUUCAUAAGGCUUUAAAUUACAUAUAAAAUUUUGGGGAAAAUAUCGCUGAAGCCCUUGUAAUUUCGAGAAGACUCAAGUUGCCCUAGGAUGACCGAACAGAUAACAAUUUUUUAGCAAUCCUUAUCGAUGAAAACAAAAGCUUGAUGACCGCAAUUAGACUGUUAAACAAUGAAUUGCAAACUGUAUUGAAAGCGGACGGCGUGAGAUGUUCUCGGCCCAAUGAGCGUCCAGAGAAGAAAGAAUGGCUACUCGUUGGCGCUAAAAAGAAAAAAGAAAAAACCAAAACAAAGGAAACAGAGAAAGACGACCCAAUGAUAAUGACCCAAGUGACAACUAAAAUUCUUGACUAUUUCAGAAACAGUACAGACCACCCUAUUGAUUGGUGACGGCUAUGAUAAAAAAUAUUCAAGGUACACAGUUAGGGAAAGCUGUUGGCCAUCGGGUAGUGGUAAAGUCGUUCUCUAGUGCCACCACAAAAGCCAUGAAGGAUGAUCUUAAACCUAACUUGGAGCUUAUGCCAGAUCAAAUCAUUUUGCACGUCGGCACUAACGACCUCAAGCAGAAAGAACCACAGCAAGUUGCCGCCUCGAUCGUAGAUCUUGCUAGACAGAUUGAAAACCCAUCUGAUGCCUCAAUCACCAUAUUAGAGCCUGCUUUCAGAAGGGACAAGUUCAACGAAGCGGUAGCAAUAACAAAUAAACAUCCGUUAAGAGUUACUCCCGGCAGAAUAGAUGAGAACUUAUUCAGCAUCGAAAUAUCUCUGAGAAGCGAUUAAAUAAAGGAGAACUGCAUCUUAAUGUCAAAGGCAAUCAACAAUUUUUUAAGAACUUUCAGGCAAGCCUAGGGUGAAAUAAUGCGCUAUCCACUAAUGCCGUGCCUAUUCAACGUCCUACAAGCAAUACCGAGAAAUCUCAUAUGCCAAAUCAUAGCGUUAGCGAGCCCAGCUCAUUAUUGCCGUCUCGUCGCGGUUUUAAUUUAGCCUCUUUAAACAUCAAUAUAGAUGAACUUAGAACAGGGGCACCUAACGUCAGGUUUCAAAAGACGAUUUGAGAUCUAGAAUUUUUGGGGCAUUUGUUGUAAAAUUUCUUGCUUGCCUGCCUCUCCUAGGAUUUUCGAACAUCUAAGAAAUGGUAAAAUUGCCCAUUUUUAACGAAUUCUUACCCUAAAAAGUUCACCUAGAAUUUUCGGGAGCCUUUUUUCUGGCUGAAAUUUUCAAAAAGGUAAGUGUUAAUCCCUAUAAUUUUGGGAUCACUAUAGACUUUCAGUAGGAAAUCCGAACAGAUGAAAAAUUUUAAGGGGAUAAAAAUAUGCCAAUAUCUACCGUUUGAAAACUAAAAUACGUUCGACAAUGCUAUGUUUAAGUGGUUUUGGACUAUAUUCUCGUUGGGUGCCCCUGUUAGAAUCCUUCUCCCUUAUAACGAAAUAGAUAUCUUAUCAAUCAAUGAGACUAAGCCCAAUGAAAACUAAUCGAUACGUUCCCGCCAACAUUUUGCAGCUUUUGCUCGUUAUUGCCGCCUUUAUCUGACAGGCAAGGGUUGGAAGCUAUGGUAACGGUUUGAUUGACGUUGAAGACUAUGUUAUCCGAAACAGCUGUAAAGUAAAAUCAAUUUUAUUUAACAAUUUGUUUAUUGGCUUUGGUAACCGGACGACCUGUACCAGGUAGCUACUUCCAUUGCAGAAGAAUUUACCCUGCACACAGUGGCCCCAAGGCAGGGUAAAUUUAAAACUUAAAAACUGUCAACACGUCUCGCUUCAUGAUGACUGCAUUUUGCCUGUUGUGAAAGCUUUAAUUAUCGUUUAUAACUAAUAUUUUCAAGGUUUCCAAGGCAGCAGAGUAUUCAGCGAAGCCAGACGAGCAGUUGGCAAAUAGACUAGGCACUCAUUAUGUUAGAAAAAUUUCGUAUGGUGGUCAGAUGGUGGCAAGUAUCAAGCUCAAUUUUUCUCAAACUUCAGUGAGGUAUGUUAAGUUUAUUUUCUUUAUUUAAAAUUAACCAUAUAAGGUAUUAUUUCGAUAAAGAUUUAUGACAAUACUUUUAAAAAGUCCUUGAGAAGAAAGUGUUCGAAAUUAAAGUUAUCUUUAUUACUAUUAAACCUUGCAGUGCCAGUUAUAUAAUUUGUUGUUGUUGAAUUGGUACCUCGUAGCGGUGGAAAUGGAUUUGGGACACGCCCAUAAAACAAGGUUCUGGCACCUUUUAGUGGUGCUCGCAAAAUUUUCCGACGAGCACCCCCGUCACUUUUAUAGGGGAGUACCCCUUCCCCGGGCUCUAUAUACCUACAUAACGUCUUUUUGCCGAGGAAAAGAGGGAAUACGACAUUCCAAGCAUUUUAAUAGGGAAGAAGAAAAAGUUUUCGUUCUAAUUUCAGCUCAAACUCACAGACAACUUUGUUCUCGAAGCCAUUUGAUGAGAAUAAAAUGCAUUAGGCAACUCAGAUGCUGUCGUGUUUUAAACUUAUGUUAUGGAUGAUGGAACACAAAAUAAUAAACAGAAAACUUUUUUUGAAUAUUUUUAUUUAAUUCUGGAACCGAUGUAUUCAUCGAGUUAAAAUCGCUUUACAAUUCGAUCAUACAUCCCUACUGACACGCAAAAACAUCGGCUGAGUCGAGCAUGUGGUGAUUUAAAUUCAGCACUAAAUCCUUCUGAAAACGUCUACAAAACUGUAUAAGAAAAUUCAUAUUUACAAACGCAAUUUUCUUAAUCCAUGAUGUACAAAAUGUACCUGAAAUUGCUUUAAAACUCCACUGCAAUGGUUAAAUUUCAGGACAAAACGAGCGCAACAAGGUCAGAUUCCUCGAAGGCUCCAAACAAAUUUCGUGACUGAAAGCAUCUGUUUUUUCACAAAAAGAACAUUGAGCAUUCUUUUGAACCUUCUCUUUCCAUCGGUGUCUUUCAACAGUCCAUUUUCUACCUCGCAAAGUGACAUUUUACCUUUGAAAACCACUCCAUGAAAAAAAAUUCGCGGCGAUUAAUUUUAUUCAAAUUUCGGAUCAAAAACAUCCCAAGCGUCUCUCAUUAGUUAAUCUGUUCUGCUGCCAAUCACAAGGAAUCAGCUGAACUCUUUGCCUUUUUCUGAUUGGUACAUUUCGAUCCACUGCCCACAACUGCCCACAAACUGUCUGCAGAGGCAUUGUGACCGUUGGAAAUCGCAAAUUUUUAGGGUCAUGCUGUGUUUGUUAAAAGUUUUGUCUGCCCUAUUUGGACCUUGAGAAUAGUUUAUCUUCUCGAGUGUGCUGCUUUUUUGUACAUUUCGUUGCCACCGUUUUACACGGCUACAACGUGAAACUUCUUAGUCAAACGUUUUAUUGAGGAAAUGUCGUAUGUCUUCCUGUUCGCUUUAUUUUUUCACCACCGCUCAUUUUCAUCUUGGUGGCCGCUUUAAAAUUUUAAUGUUUUUCUUGCAACGAAACUCUUCUCUUUUGGUUUUUUUACCUCUCGCUCUAGCUCUUUCUCGUUAUGCGCGUCACGUCAGUUUAGACAUUAAAAUUUUGUGGGUAAAAAGACUCGCUUUGUUGUUGCUUUUGUUUCUAAAAGCGAUGCGAUCGGUGUACCUCAAAAACGCUCAGGUGCUUAAAAUGCGAGAAUUUCACCCCGGCUCAUAGGAAGGGGUGGACUUACGUACGUAGGGAAGAUUUUGUCAGAACGAAAAUUUCUUGAAUGCAAAGACAACCAAAGUUUCUAACCCAUGGUGCUCCGCUACACGCGCCUCACGCGUGCGAGAGGUCUGCUAUCACUUCCUGCUUUUCGAAUUCAUUUCCGCUUCCUCGUCUUUUAUCGAACAACUUUUAAUUGUGAAAAUGAACUAAUCAGCAUGUCACGAGCGUAAUCUCAGUCCCCGACAUGAUUCGAACCUAUGACCUCCUAAGCACCGGACGGGCGCUCUAUCCACUUGAGCUACGGAGAAGUCAUGGAGAGCGAGGCCAUAUACUCAGACUUUCUCUGAGAUGGAAUCAGAUUUUUUUCUUUGUCCCACGCUCGUGACAUGCUGAUAAUUCAUUUUCAUAUUUGUUUCACAGAGCUUAAAAUUUACCAUCUUUCAUUCUUUCACAACUUUUAAUUGUAUUCUAUGUUUUUAUAAUCCGGAAACGGUCAAUCGAACGCACCCUUAAUUGUUGUCUUACCCCAGUUUUUAUGUGUUUUUUUGGGUAACUUACUGCACCUGAAAUCUAAGAAGAGUUUUCCAUUCGGAACACUUUUUAGACCUAGACUUAACGGCAUUGUAGAGGGGGACAUGACUUCCGAAGCUACUGCCGUGGCUUUGUCCAAGCAGCUGGACUCUAUAAAAACCGAGUGCCGUGAUGCAUCCAACAUUUCAGUCACUUACUACACAACGGAUUUGCCUCGCCAAACUGGAAGUACCCACAACCUUGAGGAGUUAAUGAGACUAUUUCGAGACUUCAGAUCAAAAACAAGCAGCGGCGAAAUAAAGGAGACCCCUAUUGAGGUAAGUUGUACUUCACUCAAUGCUUGGGAGUAUACAUUUCCCAAAAUUUAUCAUGGUAGAGGUGGGCUUCAAAGGCCAAGGCGGUUUAUAAGUGAAAAGACGGCUAUCAACUACUAUAUCGAGCUUUCAUCGAUCAGAACCGCAGUUCGAAGACUGCAGCCUUGUAUCGGACAGUCUUAGUAGCCAAUUGGCCGAUAAACUACCAAAAAUACAAAACAAAAUCUGCGUGCCUUUAGGGCUAUCACUAUGUCUGAUUACUAUUCUGUCUAUUAUUAGCUAUAAUUUGUCCUUCGCACUAGACUAGGAUGGGAUGAUCUUUCUACAUCCAAGAAGGAAGUGAAAUGAAUGUUUUACGCUUUGAACCAUCAAUCUCCGGAGCUAUACCUCCCGCCUGGCAUUUUAACACCACUCAGCACAGGCUCUGAAAAACAAAUCCUCUCUGCCCAAGCCUCACUCUUUCCGUACUACGGAUGGACCCCAGGUUGUGGAAUACUCUUCCACAGAUUAUGUUAGAGCCAUUAGAUCUUCACAAAAAAACUUAAAUAGCGCGAUCAAUAGCUUUAUGUCCACCUCGUAGUACUCCCACGCGGCAAACAAGUAAACCAGUUUUCCUAUUUAUUCUUUGUAACUGAGAUAAUUACCUUGUUUAAACUACAAUGGAGGACAAAAAUCCUUGGAACGGUUAUGGAAAACCUUCCUUCCACAUCCUUAACUUAUCAAAAUGUUCAGAUGUAGCAUAAUGUGCACUUUUCUAACCACUUGGAUACCGCGACUGGCCCUCCCCUCUCCCCUCCAAACAAUGUUGGGAUGAAGAAACACUUUUAGCACAGGGUAAAGUGUACAGGGGUGCACAAACUACAACAUUGCUUAGGGGAGAGGGGGAAAGGGGGAAAAAUUAAGGCAGAUCGUGUUAAUUGUCCUAAGAAUUUUGUCCUCCAUUGUAGGAGUAAUCGGAGCUUAGGAGAGUGCGUUCGAUAUGUUUGUUAGGCGUACAGGUAGCAGUUGAGGGGGAAGGGUGGUUGCGAUAUAGAUAAAUAUGAUUUUGGCAUAUUUUGAACGUAAGGGUUGCAUACAGCGAAACCUCUACUUAAACUGCGUAUCUUUGUAAGACGCUUUUGAAAAGAUAUCGUAUGGUUCGGUGUCAAGUGCUUGUAUUUAGAGGAGACAUUGGCCAGAAUGCGUCGGGCGUGUAAAUAGAACAUUUUGUUUUACUGGCGCGAUUACAGGGCGCAGUUGCUCAAAGGCCGAUUAGUGCUUAACCCGGGAUUCUUUUUCUUUCUUCAAAAACAUUUCUUCGGAUAAUUUUCUCUGUUAUUUUUAAGAGCAUUCAAUGAUCAACUUGUUGACAAAAUGAAUUAAAUUGACUUUACUGUUUUAAAAGCUUUCACAUCUGAAUUCAAACUUCGCACUAUUAAACCCUGUGAAAGCCUUCAAUGUGUGUGCUGCUCACGUCAAUAACUUUUCCAGUAAUUUGGUCGAGCGUGUUGAUUUCAGUGACUCGAGAGUGGCGCCACUCUGGGCUGGUUUCAGUAAGUUUUUCCUCAUAAAAUAACAUAGAGUUAAAGAGUUCGUUUGUCCGGUGCCGAAAAUAUUCCAAGUCAUAAUCAGAUGGCGCCGCCGAGCUUCACAUCUCGGUAGAUUAACUUUGAGGCACAACGGCUGCCGUGCUACGCAACUCGGUAGAUUUACUUUGUGACACAACGGCCGCCGAACUAAACCCGGUUUGAUGCAUGCACCAGGAGCAGACAUUUUCCAAAGACAGCGACGAACCAUGCUGAAAAAUAUGAAGGCCUAUAAUCCAAAGUAAAAUUUAACAGCAAACUUCUGAAAGAUGAACGCUUUGGACGAUUCAGCAAACACAGAUCGAUGAACGCUUUACGAAGACAGAAUAUCAGAGGACACAAAAAUCACAACGUGAGAUAGCGCGUCAAAGUGAGGCAAAUGUGUGUCGACGACGAAAAUGCAAUCUCAACAAAUCCUCCCUUAUUAAUUGCACAGGACACCCAAUAAUGCACAGAACACCCAUCACAAAUUAGGGGUUGCGUUCUCGUACCUCAAACGCAAUAAAGUAAGUGGUAGUGGGGCUCUGUCCCACGCGCGAAGCGAGUGAGCGUAGUCUAUGCGGCUAUUUAGUUUAUGCAUGCACGUUAAUUUGUAAGAUUUGAGACAAUGAUCUGACCGAGUAUCAGGUUUGAUAUAAGCUUAUAGAACUUUAAAAAGCCUUUAGACAUUUUCUCACCGCAAAUAGAGAGAAAACGUUAACAAAAAAAGAAUAUUUAGUUAUAAUUCUGGCUGUAAAAGAAAGCUUUGAGCGAUUUUCUUGCCUCGAGUUCAUCUUUGAAACAAAUACCGGGAAGCCGGCUUAAAACAAAAACUUAAGCUUUAAGCUUGAAGACUCAGGAUUUUUAGGGACACUUAAUACUUACCUUCCUUGAAUGAAAAUUGUUGUCUCUGUAUAAUUUUGUUUCACCGAAUUAUAUUUCUUUUAUGGAUUGUUAGUAGUCUCUCUUGUGAUUUUAAUAGCUGUGUCUUUUGUUUUUAGUCGUUCAGUGAACAUAGCUUGCAGGAGUACUCAAAAUGCCGCGCGUUUCAAACGCUUUUGAAGAUUAUACAUCGAUAAAACCAUUAAAUAAAAAAUAAACAUAAUAAAUUCUUUAUUAUGUUGGUGCGUAACUCUGCUAAUGUUCAUUUAAAAAUUCGACCACAGCUCGCACUGCAAAAGUGAGGACCGGCUGGCCGUAUAGGUGAUAUUGGACAUUUUUUUAACGGGUUAGCUAAAAGCCCACGCGUGCUUCGAUUCGAUCGUCCUGAAUAUUGAAUAAGUGCAAUUUGUAUUGCAAAAUUGUGAAAUACUGCAUUCUGUCCGAGGUCUGAAUGAUAAAAACAGGGCCUCAUAAUACUGUUUCACCUCAGAAUUGAUGCAUAAAUGGUAUAAAAGGCUGGUUUACACGCACCCAGAUUUGCUGGCAAAAAAUUCGGCCUGAUUGUUUUUCGAGGCCCAAUUAAUCCACGGUGAUCAAGAGCCAUUAUGGCUCUUAAAUGUGAUCGAAGAUGAUUGCUAGUUUUUGGUUGUACAUAUGAGGCUAUCAACUCGAUGUAAGAUUUGGUUCACUCUUGGGCUGUCUGCAAAAUAUUUUUUCUCUAAAAUCACUUAGCCUUUCCCUCAAAAGUCACAUAAAUUUGCUCUAAAGCUAACUGAAUUGUGGAUUACAAGUUCAUUGUUUGAUUUAAAUUAUAAAUUUAGUAAUGGGAGCUUCGCUUUUAGCCGAGGCUAAAUCUAUAUAUUAUUUAUGAUUUGUUGCAACUUUCAUAUCCCUGGUGAAACAGACUUUUCACAACGUGUAAUUCUUGGCAUGUAAAUGAGGGGCCGUCAAACUAACAUUGAUUGAUGCUUGAACAUCUACUAAGAUCAGCACUGAUUUGAAGAAAUUCAUAGCUGGAGAAUUUUUCAACUUUUAAUACAUAAGAGUCUAAAACAUUAAUUCAGGUGUUUUCCUUCAAGUGCAACAAUCGGAAAAAAGUUACCCAGUAUCUGCAACAUAGCCGAGAAAAAUUUUAACACGGGUUACUCGACACUCAAUUAAAAGAAUGAUAUAGCUUCCUAACCAAGUUUUCUUUAGCAAAGUGGUUUUCCUAAGGAUGAAACAUGUAUUUGUAUACAGGGUAAAAACGAAGAAACUUCGCAAGACAAAUUUUUAUAACCCUGUUUUAUUUUGCGCGAAGCCAGAUUAGUAGAUUAGAUGCCUUAUAAUUGCUUAUCAAUUCGUGGAUGGAUAAGGAAGAAUGGUAUUCGGUCAUCUCGCCACCAACAAAAUGGCUACCAAGAAGAGGACUUAUGUUUAUUUCUUAAGAAUUCCCAAGCAUACAUAACAAAUGAAAAGAACUCUCAUGAAAAGAAACCGUUACUUAAUCAUAUUGCAAAGAAAUGACUGGUGGUUACGAAACUUUUCUGCCGGUUUUUUAAAUGAUUUCGUGGAAGGUAAAUGUCGAAAUUUACAUUAACCGAACCUGUCAUCAGCACUUAGAGUAUUACGAUCGUGAAAAGUUCGAGGCAAGGAUCGUCUAUUAGGAUCGACGGAUUAUAUUAGAGUGGACUUCAAAUUCGCUUAGGCUUGAGGAAAAAAGUAAAAAUUCUAGGUAAGAAACAGGGGCGUAGCCAGCUUUUGGACUUGUUGUAGGCCUGCCUGACUGUGGGUCGUAAUUUUUAUUUCCACGUAUCAUGAAAAAUGCUUGUUUAUAAUUCUGUCGAUUGCACUCCUGACUAUACGCACUGACCUCACCAUCACAUUGAGUUCUUGAGCUCUUUAGCUCACCCCAACAACGCACACUUUAUUACAAGUGGUGGAGUGAUGAAACCAAAAAUUUGUGGGCCCGGACCUACCGGUUUAUGCCCACGUAAGAAUUACUAUGUAAUGUAAGUAAACGGUGUCAGUUGUUUCAAUAUUAAUCGUUGGUGGAGAUUUGGUUGGUGGCGAGAUGACUGAGACUGCUAAGCAUAAUGUACUCUGCGCUUACCUCCCACUCCCCUUUCUCUUUUUUGUGCAAUUAGGUGGAACUUCAACAAACAGGGACGCUAAUACCAUCAGCGAGAGCAUAUUUACCAAAUAUGGCUUUGACUAAUGCGCUAGAGGAGAUAGAAAGCCGCUUUGAUGAUCUCCGCUCUGCGCAGUAUCUUGUUAAGAAGUAUGGUCCAGAACUAGAUAAAGAGAAGAGGAAAUUUACCCAGGACCUGGAAAAGGUGUGCCAAACAUUUAUCGCGGCACUCUCUACAUUAGACACUAGCGGAGAUGAAAACCAGUUCGACGAUUGCUUCAAGGCGUAUGAAGAUGCUUUGAACGGAUUGGACUUGGAAGGAAAGUUUACUAAUUUCUGGAGAAACCUUCUGUCAAAAAAGGUUAGACAACUUGCAUAAGCUAAUUUAUCAGUAUUCAAGUUCUGGAUCAAUUUAGGUUUCUGAGAAACUACUCACCUACCCCUCCCCAAAGCCAACAUUUUGCCGUAAGUGAGAAGUAAGUGUUAAUGUCAGCUUAGGGGAGGGGUAGGUGGGCAGUUUCCCAGAAACCUAAAUUGAUCCUCUAAAAAACACUUGACAGGGCAGCUGACAAAGCCACCCAUCGACUGUCAGUUUUCUGUAAAAUAUUGCCUAGAACUUUUCUAUUACUUGAGGACGGCUAAAACCAGUUUCUGGAUGACCGUUCCAUUCAAGUACCACUUUCGAAGGUCAUCUAAUAAAUUCCCUACGAUUUUUGGAAGUUUUAUGUUCACAUUUUACUCUCCAAGUUAGGCUAUGUUUCGUGGAAAAAAGGAAACCUAAAAUUUACGGAUUCAAAAAUGCGAUGGAGAAAGGAAUCAGAAACUGUCUCACUUUCGUACUACGUGAAAUUGCUCGGCUAAACUGAUUUUCGGGAAAAUAAUACUCAAGCCAUUGUAAUUUCCAAAGACUCAAGAUCCAGUUGGAUUACCGAACAGAUACAAACUUAAGUUUGUAUCUGUUCGGUAAUCCAACGCCGCUUACAAUGCAUUUCUUGAGAUCUAAAAGUACGCUGGAUACGCUAAAAAGUGAUUUAAAUGUAUAUUUAGAAGGAAACCGUCGUCGGGUGCCCCUGACUCUGAGCUGGGCCCAGUGAUAGACAGUCACAUUCACGGACAAAGAAACUUACAUGCAUGCAUGUAGUUAUUCAGAUCAAAGCAUUUCGAAGAAAACCAAAGAAACUAAAAUCUUUAUUUAGCCACAAUACUAAUUAGAGCUUCAGGCUUUACAUGUAUCAGAGGUCAAAGAAAAUUAAAACACUUUAUAGCUACAUCUGCGAUCAAAUCCUGUCAGGAACACCAACAGAAGCAUAAACCACAGGAGAUGAUUACUCAGUGUGCAUGUAACAAACCUGCUUCUGUGUUCAUGACCCCUAAAAUAUGUAAGACUUAGUACGGCAAAAAAAAGGUUUAUUCAGUCAAAGUUUAGAAUGCUAAAUGCACUCUAUAGUGCUGGUAACCUUCGCGCAAGAGAGAAAAGAAAAAAGAAACGAUCUUUUCAAGCAGACUCUUAAGGUCACGUUUCACAUUAUCACGAGCUUUAUGAGUCGUGUUUAGCCUGUCAACGCUUAUUUCUAACUGAAUCGAUCGUAACCUCGAGUCGUACAAUUAAGUUUUCUGCCAUGUUUCGGUCCGCAUUUGGGAAGCAACGUUCACAGUAUCUCCUAAGAAGAGGGGAUUCCAACAAAUCCUAUGUCGGGAAGCCAACAACCACCACUUCUGCGAGGGCAAUGGAUAGGAACCAAACUAACGCAGCCAUAUAAUUGCGGCCAUGCUUGAUUCAAACUGAAGUUACUUUUCAGCUGCAUCGUACAUGAAGUGGUUUAUAUUGCUCAGGGUAUAAUUCGAUGUCUCUUAUACCACGACUCGCUUUGACCCAAUAUACACAUAGUUGUUUGUAACGCCUAUAUAUAUGAGCUCGUGUGGUACGCAUAUACAGCUAUUUCGAGAAAGGUUGUCGGAAAAAAUGUGUAAUACACUGUUCCUAACGCUGUAGCAGUCGAACCUACUUUUGUUGCUUUCCUUUAGCACAGUCAAAGACAUAAGUCUAUGUCCUCUCCUGCUAUUCUUUCAAAUUUCUCUGAAAAACAGUGAACUCAAAACCACCCACAAUACCUCUCUUUCGAGGUUGUCGCGUGCACGUUAUCCGACAACCUUUCUCGAAAUAGCUGUAUAUGCGCGUUUGUUAAGUGUAUGUUUGCGUGGAACGGACGUAUGAAAAGAAAAUGGCCACAUACUUGGGGGAAAAAAAACACAAAGCAGGAAGCAGGAAAGAUCGCACGUAUACGUGGCAAAAAACCGCACGAAUAUCGUGUCAUAAUUUUGAAACAAAUGGCCGACCAUAUAGGCGUCCCUCUUUUUGCUUCUCUCUUCUCCUCCCCAUCCCCUUCCCCUUAAGAAACGCUCAAUACUCACCCUAAUCACGAAAUCAACACUUUAAUUCUGCUUUAGUUGUGGGAAAAAUCACUAACGCAACAAAGUGGUCAGUUUCAGUAUCGUUAUGUUUUCCCCGCAACUUCUGCACAUCAAAUUAUCCCUUCUGGCCUUCUGCUUUGCCGAUUUUACAUUAAGCGUCUUUCAAGAUGGCUGCCGUGGAAAAGGCGUCUCUAGAAACAUUAUUAACUGAAGUCGAUAGAAGAGAAACAUUAAGUGAAAUUUUUGAUAACGGUAAUGAGAAAAACGUAAGUGAUGCUCGUGUUGUCUGGUUUCUCUUCCUUACCGAGUCCUUCGAUAGUGAAAGUUAAACUUGUGUUGAAUCUUUUUAAAUAAUAUUUAAGCUCUAUCUUUGUAUUUUAUACUGUAAGCCGAUCUUGCGAGUACGGAAGCCCAGGGGGGCCAAAUAGUGAUUUCGUUUUUAUUUUUCGGCACUUUUGCAUUUUUGUUUUUCAGUUUUUGAUUUUCACUUCGCCAUUUAGCUUUUCGGUUGAGAAUUCGGUUUUUAUUUUUUACUUUUCCGUUUCCGUUUUUAACGUUGUGAUUUUCACUUAGCCAUUUAGCUUUUCGGUUGAGAUUUCGGUUUUUAUUAUUUAACUUUUCCAUUUCUGUUUCUAACUUUUUUAUUUUACCGAUCUAUUUCGUUUUACUUUUCAGUUUUUUUUUUUGGCUUUUAAAUUAUAUAAUGAAAACCAAAACCCAAAUCUAAUUUUAAAAAAACGAAAACCAAAAAGAAAACCAAAACCAAAACCAAAACGGACAGAGUAGACCAUUAUGCUUUGCUGGACGAUCAAUAUGGCGGAUCAAGGUGUCCAUCCGGCGGAGUGCAGCUUUGUUGACGAUGAUAGCCCAGGUAAAACGAACAGUAAAACGAAAUAUAUCGGUAAAAAUAAAAAAGUAAGAAACAAAAAUGGAAAAGUAAAAAAAAUAAAAACCGAAAUCUCAACUGAAAAGCAAAAUGGAGAAGUGAAAAUCAAAACGUUGAAAACAGAAACGGAAAAGUAAAAAAUAAAAACCGAAUCACUAUGUGCUCCCCUGGGCUUCCGUAUGCGAGCCCUCAGUCUCUAGUUUUGCGGUCUAUAGAAUGUGUAACGAAACUGUAACGCGAUCAAAAUAGCCCAUUUUUCAGAGGUUUUCGACGGGUUUUGAUGUUCUAAAGACAAACACAUCUCCUUUGGACCCUGUGAUAAAACGUGUAAGGGCCUGUUUACAUGGAGGUGGGGUACCCCAGGUAGGUGAGGUAACCCUCUUAGGUGGGGUAACCAGCUUGUCCAUAUUAAUCUCUCAUUUUAAUUUGAUCACGUUCACAUGAUAGGUGGGGUGACCCGCCACAUGUUACCUCACCUAUCUGAGGUCCCCCACCUCCAUGUAAACAGGCCCUAAAUAGGACGUUUCUGGAAGUUUCACGUUGUAGUCCUGCAAAACAACAGCGACGAAAUGGACAAAAAAAAGUGUGCUGCACGUGCAAAAUUGUUUUUUUGCUAAGACCUUUUGUUGUUUUUUUUCACCGUUCUCGUUACCUUCGCCGCUUAGCAUAACAUGAUUUUAUAUUUUGUUUGAGCAAACUAUAAAUAUUAUCGAGUGCUUCGCUUUUAGCCCUGGCUAAAUCUAUAUAUUAAGUUAACUGUAUAUGAUGUCCUCGACUUUGGCUUCAUCUCUGUGUUUUCGCACUACCUUGUUAAUCUUAAAAUACAUAAAAACAUUUUGUAGCCCAGAGAGUAGUGUUGAGAAAGAAGUGAAGCAUUAUGGGGGCUAUUAUCGCUUCCACAUGUGUUUUGUGGAGCUGGCGUUUAAAGGAGUGCUUUGCACUCACCUCGGUGAUAAACGACCUCUAACCACGGCUUUAUCGUCCCCACGGCUACUCUAGGCUAAUAGCCCUAAUAAUGGUAAAACAGCUGUCCGCUGCCCGGGUGAUAUGACUGUACGCAUGCACUGGCUGCUAGCCAUACCGGGGAGUUUGGUGACUGUGUGCUUCCUUGCUGUUUUGGUUUUUUCUAGGGCAUUUUUUGACACGGGUAACUCGAUUGCAAAGUGGAAGGAUUUUGUAUACCACAGGAGGGAAGGGUAAAACAAUAGAGGCGCCUCCUCCCUCCUGGGAUACCAGGACUAUUUCACCGUUGAGCGCUUUUAAAUUCAAAGACACUCAGAUAGAACCAAUAAGCAAGCGUUUGUCAUACCUACAUUUUCACUGUUCUUUGUUGUUGACGUUGUUUUCUGGCAUCAAAGAGACUGAUUUCGAUCCUCAGUACCCUUCUUGGCGAUUUCGACAACGUUAGAACACGAAAAGAGAAACUCAGAUGAAGUAUACCUCGUCAUGUUUAAGCUAAAGAAGUUCGCGUGACUUGGUAACGCCAUCUUAACGUGGAAAUAGUGUCAUGCAAAAAAAAAUGGCUUUCUUGAAUCUGAAGUCUGGGAAUUUUGUAUGGUAAUAAAAUGUGACAAAAUGGACUUUUAACUAAUCAAAAUUUACAGAAUGAUGCUACAUACUCCAUUAUACCAUUAUAAAAAUAUUCUAAUCAUUAUUUAUAAGCUAACAAAAAGUCAACUUUUUUUCUAGGCAAUACUGUCCACCAUCCAGGUAAGAUUAGCAUAAUCGAGAUCAUACAAGGGUAAGGAUAGUCUUGGUUGGUAAUAAGACCUACUAUCAUUCGAUGCAAAUUUUUCUUCCUUUUCAUUGGCCGAGAGCCCACCACGUGACCUGCAAAUAACUGCCUACAAAUAAUGUCUGCUCAUACGCGGAGUUGUCCAACUGUAUUCGGCUUCAAAUAAUAUUCUGCUCAUGCGUAAAUGAAACCACGCUAUUCUCCUUGCACUCGCUCUUGCGUUCGGAAAAUGGCAGAGCAAACUCGGUGACCGAAUGAUAAAACAAUUAUUGAACUCAGUUAUCCCAAAAUAUCUUGAUGUCUCAGUGUCUCGCAGAUACAUAAAAUCACGAUAUUUUACUCAACCUCGUCCAAUAAUUGUUAAUUGUUAAACUCACAGAGAACAAAGCAAUAUUGUUUAUCAGUAAAUGUUUUAAUUCGUUUUAUCUGUGUGCUUAUCGUCGUAUUUUUCUACCCUACUGACCAAUUUUCUUUUCUACCUAGGUUUAAGAGAUUGGCAUAACUGACAAAAACAAACGAUCUGGCCCGGCCCUUUUGUUCAAAAGGUGGAUAGCGCUAUCCACUGGAUAAAUCUCUAUCCAGUAAAUAACGUAAUUCGGUGGUUUCGUUAGUACUUAUCCGCUGGAUACUGAUUUAACGCUCAAGGGCCUGGAUGUGUUAUGGUUUGUUUUCAGUCAAGCCCUAACUUCAAUCAGGUUCUCGUAGCUAAUAGAACAUUACCUAAUAUCCCUGUUCGUUUGAUAAAGAUAAAGAUAAAGAUAUUAUCAGUGGCACCCAACGACUGAAUCUUUUCAAAUAAGUCAGAAGUGUCUCAAAUGGUUUCCUCUAUGCCUUAGAAGCUGUUUGGUUAAUUUGUAGUUGUCCUAAAAACUAUUUAGCGCCCCUCAUGCUGACAAAGGCAAGUUAGCUCUUCCCCCCCACCCCCUCCUGGUCACUUAAAAAUUAGAAUCUUAAAAGUUAUCCCCCUCCAAUAGGCUAUGAUUUUACAUGGUGCCCCCUCCCUCCUUUCCUGAUAAUUAUUGCACAGUCCCUUAUCUGUUUGUUUGUCCUUGGCCCGGUUCAGACGCCGAACUUUUUAUGAGCCGAACAUUAUACAUUGAAUUAGGUUCAUGAAAAGUUCGGCGUCUGAGUCUAUUAGGAACGCCUAUUUCAAUUUGGAACGGCUCAGCCGUUCUUCCCGCCUAGCCCGACCGGGAAUUUCGCCUUUGGAGCGACUUUGGAACGGCCUUAAUUCAAGCGACAAACUUUUCAUGUGCCGAACCUGAUGCAUAUCAUUAUAACGUAUUCUGCAAGAAACGAGCAGUUUUCUCCUCUUGAAUUUAGUUCGGCUGGAAUUAACAUCGGUGUUUGAAUCAGUUCAGCAGGUCUAAAUAAUGUGGGUCGGCCUCAAUUCGAAUUAGGUUCGACUCAUGAAAAUUUCGACGUCCAAACCGAGCCUUAGGAAACUUUGGCCGUCUCGAAAGUCUUAGGUGGCUUUUCGUCUUGCCGUGACUGUUACAAUACCCUGACGGGUCCGGUCAAGGGCAAGGCAUUGAGUAUCCGUACUUUCAUUAGAAGAUUAUUGGGGGACGUUUUCUCUUUCUGUCGAAAUUUUCAGGAGACCUUCUUUUAAACAAUAAUGGUAAUAUCUUGGUGAAAAAUUGUGACAAAGUAAGACCUCCGAAAAUCGUAGGUAAGUUAGUAGAAAAACUCCGAAUAUCUUAGGCGAGUUGAACGGUCAUAUCCAGAAAUCUUUAGCUUAUCUCGAGCUCUUUUAAGAAAUUCCGAGACAAUAAUUGCUCCGUCGAACAGUUAGUUUACCAAAAAAAAAGUCGUUGGGUGCCCUUCUAUUAUGGUACAUUUUCUUUUUUUUCUCAUCGAGCCAUUUUCUUUUUUUUCUCAUCGAGCUUCCACAAGGAAAAAAACUUACCAUUGCUGUAAUUGGAAAAGAUGGAAGUGGAAAAAGUGCAACCGCAAACAGCAUAGUUGGAGUGCAAAGUUUCCCCACAAGCGCAUGGGCAAAGUCUGCAGUUUCAUCAGAGCUCCAGUUUGGGAGCAGAGAAGAAGGAAGACAAAUUGAUGUGGUAGAAAUACCGGCAUCUCUUAAACCAGAGGCCUUCCAAAGAGAGGUCUCCGGACUUCUUGAAUGGGCCCCAAAAGGAUUCGAUGCGAUCGUUCUUGUAGCAAAGUAUGGCUGUAGGUUCACUGGUGAAGACGCUCAAGCCUUAAAAAGUCUUCAAGAAUAUCUAGGCGAAAACGCCGGCAAAUAUAUCAUUCUUGUUCUCACCUAUGGCGACCAGGCCGAGCGUGCAGCUACAGAAGACAAAAUCUUGCCCAACCUUGAUUUACACGUGAACAGGUGGUUACAAACGUUGCCGGACUGGGUUCAAAAGUUCAUCCAACAGAUUGAUAAGAGAGUUAUACUCUUCAACAAUCUACUUAAGCCACACAGUGAACCUGAGGCUUACAAGAGGCAACUGUCAAAAUUAAUCCAGGUAAGCUAACGAACUUUAACGUUUGCUUCUGUCUGCGGUUUGUAAAUGUUUCAGAUGAAUGGGUACAGAAUGGUACCUCGAAAAACGUGGCUCUCGGAAAAUUUUUGGCCCGAUCUCGAAAUCUCGGAGCCAUUUCAGUGAUGGGUCUCGAAGUCUCGUUUUCAGGUGGUUUUUGCGUCUCGGAGAAUAGAAUUUUUAAUUUUUUUGGGACUUUCAGAUUUGUCGCAUUUUUUGUUUCCGUUUGGUCUUCAGGAGUCGAAUUUUUCAGAGUGCACGGGUACAGCUUAUCGAAGUGGGCUCAGUAGAUUUUGACAGUAAAACAAGACUAAACAAUACUUGGCGGGCUUCCGCUAGCUUCCAUUGGCGUUUUACCCUUAUUUGUGCCAUUAUCUCUUGACUAAUUUUUAGGCUCUUUGAGUCUCCAUUGGUAACAACGCGUAGAGUUUUCAUCUCGCAGCCUCGCAAAGUCUCGAUUUCACCGUCAUAUACCCCUAGACAGGAGCUUGGGUUACUUUUUUCUUUUCUGGGGAGAAUGCCAUGUAGUUUAUCUAGGCUAUUGUAACACUUUUUGAUGGCCCUCAAAUUGCUUUUGUUUUCAAUAAAAUUAUGUGCUGGUGGUAACUAGCAGAGGGGCGAUGGACGGGAAGGAAGAAUAAUAUUUGUGGGGAAUAUAUUCCUAUAUGUCGCUUCAAAUUUGUUUUUGUGAGCAUCUAAAACGAAAAGGUUACAUAUGAGGCUAACGAAGACAUCUGGGAUCAAAAUUAGAUGCUCACAUAUUACGAGAAGAUGCUAAUCUUGUCCCAAAUCUUUUCAGGCCAUAGAUGACAUCACCAAGAAAACGUCGCCGUACCUGCAAACCCAGCAGGCAAAAAAUGAUUUUAAACGAAACAUUAAAGAAGCUUCAAGAAAACCAAAUCAUGCUGACAGGGAAGGCAGUGUUAAUCGGGACUCGUGUUAUGUACCUAUAGCUGGAGAACACGAAGAGCCCUCUCCCUAUGAGAGGGUGAGGUCGUUCUUUGAUACGCGCGGAUGCUGGCGAUGUACCAUUUUGUAAACAGUAUCGCACUUUUUGUUACCUGGCGCAUCAUUGUAUAUAACCUGAUUACAUACAGUCGUGAUUGGUGUUAAACUAUGUUCAGGACAUUGUUAACGGACAGUUACUAGAUAGUCUCAAUAGGGCGCUUUGUUGUACGUUUUGCGAUUAACUUUAGGCUCUUAUGUAGCUUACGUUUUUUGCCCUUAAGUUAGGCUUUGCAUAGGUUCCGCAAACGAUUCUGCAAAAUAUACAGACCUUAAGAGCGACUCCGCGUAAAUAUCAAGUAGACGUGGAAA